GCCAAAGUUUGUGCAUCUAUCGAGUGUCGAGUAAACAAUUUUUAAUUUAUUUUCUUUUAGUUACUGAAACCCAUUUAGCAUGUACAAAUAAUUCCAAGAGAUUAUCUGAACUAUCAAUUAGAACAUGGCUUCUACAAGUGGCAGCAGUAAUGUGUAUUACGAGGACAUACCCCCAGGGACACUCAACGAUGAGGAGUUCAUUUGUACUGAAAGAAUUAUACCAAGAAAAAUCAAACCACAAAAUUUGGUCGUACGCCUGAUGGACCGAGAGAUAUACGGCUCCAGGAAACCGGGGUCCCACUUCCAUGUAGUGAGGGAGUUCUACCAGAAUGUGUUCCCAAACUUGACUAUUGUCAAUGUGGAGAAACCUCCCUGCUUUUUGAGAAAGUUUAGCCCUGAUGGUAAACAUUUUAUCGCGUUUUCGGCUGAUCAGACUUCUUUGGAAGUGUAUGAGUAUCGUGGGGCAUCGGCUGCCGGGGACCUGGUGGCCGGCUACCCCUCAGACUUGCUCAAUGCUGAUGCUGAUGAGGCCCACCACAGAAUACGGACUCAUUUGUUCUAUAGAUUCUUUAAGCCUAAAUUCACAGUAAAUGUAUGCCAACAAGUGCAAAGGCCAGAGAGACGUGGGCAGAUUCCAGCCAUGGAGCAACAGUUGAACCGUGAGUGCAGUCUGUUCACUGAGGAUGGCCGAUAUGUGAUUGUGGGCUCCGCGGCACACAUACCCGAUGACAUGAGGCCGCACUUCUAUCACAUUCACAGCAAUAAUGAGGCUGUCACUCCUACUAUAAGGUCUGCACUAGAAGACUACUCCCUGCACUUGGUAGACUUGCACCACGGCAAGUUGUGUGACACAAAGAACUUCAGAAUAGACAAGAUUUACCUCUCGCACAAUCAAGGCAUCUACUUAUACAAAGAUGUCUUAGCUGUUCUCUCUGUGCAGCACCAAACUAUACACCUGUUCCAAAUUGUAGAUGGAAUGCUAAUAGAUAUAAGGAAAAUAGGCAGGUUUUGUUACGAUGAUGACCCUUUUAUUGUGAGCACAGUAUUUGCUCCACCUGUCAAUGAAAGGCCAUUCCAUGAGGAGACAAUAAAUAGCUUGAAGCAUAGACUACUGGUGUUCCUGUUCAACAGAGCCAAGUCAAUAAGUGAUGAGACAAAAGACCCGUUGGAGCUGAGAAAGUUUUACAAGUACUUUGACAUGUUCAAAAGUUUACGCAUGUGGAAGAUGCAGCUGUUGGAUGAAGAUCACUUGCUCAUCAAGUAUGCAAGUGAAGAGGUGGUGACUCUGAGAGUGGCUGAGCCCAACAGCCAGUCAUCCUUCUUUGUGAUCUACAACAUCAGUGACAGUAAAAUACUGGAGGUCUAUGAGAACACUUCCGAGGGUUUACUGCAGUUGUUUGAGAAUUAUUGUGACUGGUUCAGAAAUGCAAGACUGUGUUCAGAUUCGCAAUUCACGUGUUCACCGUCCAAUAAUCUUUAUGCUAGACUGGCGCAGCAGAGGUUUAAGCAGACUAUAGUGAGAGCGAUAUACGGCGGCCGCACAGAAGCUACUAAGAGGAUUCUGGCCCAGUUGCCUAUUAGUGCACAGUCCUACAGCGGAUCGCCAUAUUUGGAUUUAGGGUUGUUCAGCUACGAUGACAAGUGGGUGUCUGUGAUGGAGAGGCCGAAGGCGUAUGGAGAGUAUCCUAUAAGAUUCUACGCGCGAGACUCAGGGCUGCUCAAGUUCCGUAUCUACGCGGGGCUCCUCGGGCAGGCCGCGCCGGCGAGCGCGCGCCGCCUCGUGGCCUUCACCUUCCACCCCACCGACCCCUUCGCCAUCAGCGUGCAGAGGACCAACGCCGAGUAUAUAGUGAACUUUCACAUACGCAACACGGUUUAUACGUCGCCGCUGUGAGGUUUUAUACAGUGUGGAUAGUUACAAUGUGAUUUUCGUGGGAUAUCAGUGGCGCCCUCUAUAAAAAUAUGUUAUUUAUGUAGACACUAAGGUGGCGAUAUGGGAAUUACAAUACUAUCUCACUACAGGAAAAGCGAACAUAACAAUCCUGCAAAAUUAUUGCCUGCAAACGUAUAAAAUGUCGCACUACUAUAGUCUGCUGCUUGUAUUGUACUACUUUGUUGAGUAACUCAUAUAUUUAUAAUAUUUCAUUGUAUAUAAAGCCGUUUUGUAUAGAUGCUGUUGCAAGUACUACUGUGUAGUAUUUCAUAGUUUUGUAUUAUUAACAUGUGUCUAAGUACAUAUUUUAUUAGUUAAGCUUAAGAAUAAAACCGCAGUUAUUUUUGUAUUUA